GAGCACUUUUCUGGUGAAGACGUUCUGUUGGUGCCUUAAGGGCAUUUUCUCCUGAUGCAGCUGUGAUUUCUCCACAAAUACCUUCUGAGAAAGAAAUCUAGAGGACGAGGGGAAAGAAGAAGAAAUGGCCAGCUCUCAGACACUGCUGACCUUCAGGGACGUGGCCAUCGAAUUCUCUCAGGAGGAGUGGGGAUGCCUGAAUCACAGUCAGAGGGAGCUGUUCAGGGAUGUGAUGUUAGAGACCUAUGGACACCUCCUCUUCUUGGGUCUCAUUGUAUCAAAACCAGACCUGGUCAUCGUUUUGGAGCAAGAGGAGGAGCUGUGGGGUGUGAAGAGAAAGGAGACAGUAGCCUCACACUCAGGUAGGUGGGAGUGAAGCACAUGACACAGGUGAGGUCCAAAUGUGAAGGACGAAAAUAGAUCUUAAAAUUUUGUUCAUGUAGCUCUCCUUGAAUAGAAAUUCAUUUGCGAAGCCGAGUUUUAUGUCUUUCCCUCUCACAGAGGGACAUCUGGUAACUAACAAAUCAUGCUUUUUGAUUCUUCAAGGAUUUUCCUUCAGCUCCAGGGAAGGUCUGCCAUAUCCACGGUGAGGACCUCCAUAAUCUGAGAGCUUUUCCAUUGCUGUGAGAGCCCUAGAGGAUCUCUCUGUAAUUGUGAGGAACUCUAUGCUAAGUCAUUUCUAAAUUCUGUUUUUCUUCUUGUGACAAUUGUGUCAAGGUAGUGGUGGGCACAUUGGGGUUUGAUGCAGAAGUCCUGGGAACACUGGAGACAGAGAUCACAUGUUUUCUGGUUUAGGAUUUCCAAAGUUCCAGAGGAUUUUAUCUGAAUUGUGCACAACUGAGGCUCAGUAAUUUCAUAAGAUCACAGAACAAGUCCCU